AUGAUGAUUACCGCGCAAAUCCUCCCGCUUCUCCUAAUUUCUCUGCCCAAAUUUUCCACGUCUCAACAAAACACAUGUCCGCUGGGUUGUUUGUGUGAUGAGGAAAAACAGCAGGUAGGACACGAGAAAAAUGAUGAGAUUUUGACAAAUGACUCGAAAUUUGAUACAUAUUUUUGUGAGAGAAGGGCGAAAUUUGAGAAAAAUUACAAUAAUUUCUAGGUGAUUUGUGAUGGUCCCACCGUAGUCAAUCUACCCGAUCGUAUCCCAUCCGGUUUCGAUGUUCUGAUCUACCGAAACACAUCAAUUCGAGCAAUCGCAAAGAACUCAUUUCGAAAAAUGGACAAGUUAGCCGAAGUUCAUUUUGAAAACAACAACUUCCUAAGCACCAUCGAAAAAAUGGCUUUUAAGGGGAUGAAACGGCUGAAAAUGCUGAAAUUCUCGAAUUGUCGCGAGUUGACUGAAAUUCAGAAGAACUCGUUUUCGGGCAUUGGGAAUCAGGCGGGAUUGAGGAUUUUGUUCGAGUUCACGCCGAUUCGACGCGUUGAGCCGAAUGCUUUUAGGUGAGCGCGAAAAUUUCGCAUUUUUCACGUGUUCUGAACAAAAAAUCUCGGUUCGCUGUUUAAAGGGACAUGCUUUAAUUUUCCACCAAAAUCUCAAAAACGGCUGCAUCAAAUGAAAAUCUGAGUACACCAUCUUUAUCGCCGUGAAAAACAGCAUGGAAAUAAGCUUUGGUGGAGCGAACGGGUUCGUGGCGAGACCAAUUUCGAAAAAUAGCGCGCAAAAUGGAGAGACGCGAGACAUUUUUGUGCAUUUUCGCGUCACCGUGUUUGCACAAGUCAAUACAGUAUACCAACCGCGAACCGAGGGCCAAAAAAUACGUGUUUUUGAGACCCUACAUGCUUUUUUGGUUUCAAAAAUCGCAAAAUUUCAUGAAUUCAUGCUUUUUUAUAGCAAAAAUCUCAAAAUUUUCUUGCAGAAACGCUCAAAACAUCCGCGAACUCGCAAUCUCUGGCGAAGAGCUGGCACUAUCUCGCUACAGUCUAGCCAACAUAAAUCAACUCGACUUCCUCACAAUUUCCGGUGUUGUUCUCAUUGAACCUGAGAUUUUCACAAAUUCCACACGAUUUCAUUCGAUUCAUAUCAAAAAUUCGAAUUUCGACGUGCCGCCCAAUUGUUUUAGCUCACUUUCGCACACGAGUUUGGUGAGUUUGACGAAAUUUUGGAAGAAAAUUUAAAUCCAAAGGUUUUUGCAGCUGCUCAUCGAGCAAAGUCGCAUAAAUUCAAUAGCUCCUGAUGGAUUUUCGGGGCUAUCCACAAUCCAAAUCAUCGAGCUGCACGCGAAUCAAAUCGGCACGAUUUCUGCACGCGCUUUUGCCAAUGUUGAGAAUUUGGGCGAGUUGAAGAUUCUUCGAAACACUAUAACUGAACUCGACACUUCUGAAGCGAUUUUUUCGCAAGCGCUGAAAACCAGAGUCGAGGAGAAUACACUGGAUUGUGGUUGUGGUUUGAAGUGGAUGAAUAGUGUGCAGGUAGGGCCGGAAAAUGAAAAUAAAAAUUCAAAAAACAAUUUUCGCGGGUGCACUGGCGCGCACUUUCCUCCCCCGCCAAACGUAUUUUUUUCGAAAUCGAUUUAUUUUUUUUUAUUUUUCAAGGAAAUUUCGGACAUCAAUUUUUGCGGCACAACCGGCUCAUUUCGCUCAAUCCGCUCAUUCAUCAAAUCCAAAUGUUUGAUACCUCCAAAAACACAGCAUUAUAUUUCGAAUACGGGUUUCCCAUCUUUUUCAAAUUGUCUUUUAUUGAUCUUUGUGAUAUUGUUUAAUCUAAAAAUUUAA